AUGGAGGGCGGCGGCGGCGGCGAGGCGCUGCCCGCCGACCUGCGGGAGCUGGCGAGCAAGGUGGGGCGGCGGCCGCCCGCCGGGCUGCUCCGGGGGCUGCGGGCCGAGCCCGGUCCCGGUCCCGGUCCCGGUCCCGGUCCCGCACCACCGCCGCCGGCAGCCGCAACCGCCAGCCCGAGCCCGGCGCCGGCCCGCGGCGCCCGCCCGCCGCUCGCCGACCGCCUCCGCGCCCUCCGCCUCGACCUGGCCUACCUGAGAGCUGUCGAUGUGAAAAUCCUGCAGCAGCUGGUGGUGGUGAACGAGGGCAUCGAGGCAGUGAAAUGGCUGCUGGAGGAGAAGAGCACGCUGACCAGCCGCUGCAGCAGCCUGACCAGCAGUCAGUACAGCCUGGUGGAGAGCCAGGAGGCAUCGCGGCGGGGCAGCUGGGACAGCUUGCAGGACCCCAAUGACAAGCUGGACAGCAUCUCCAUUGGCAGCUACCUGGACACACUGGCUGAUGACAUGGAUGAGUAUUCCCAGAAUGCUGCUGACCCUGCCACAGCAUCCAUGCCAGGCAGGGCCCUGGCCAGGGCAGAGCAGGACUGGGCCAGGAUUGACCAUGACAGAGGCUUAUCUGCAAAGCAAGAGAAGGGCAAAGCGGAGCAUGAAUGGCCCCACGCAGACCACUUGCCUGCUGGGCUCCCCCAGGAUUGGAGCUGUCUGGACCAGCAACGGUUUGCUAAGGAGCCCCAAGUGGCCAAUGGCUAUUUGGGCAAGCAGCCCUCCUCUCUGGAACCAGGCAAAGACACCAAACUGUCUUUAGGGGCUGGGGAAAGGUUGGGGAAGGGUAACCCAGGUGGGAAGGCUCGGAAAGCUGAAGCUGACUUUGAGAACUGCAAACUCAACAGCAAAGUGCACCUGGAGUAUGAUGCCCACUGGCGCUGGCUUCAGUCCCAGGAUGAUGUGACGUUUUUGUAGCCCAUGCCUUCGUGUUCUCAGUCCAGCUCUGCCAAACAUCUGCUCUGCUUCAUGUGUUUCUGCUUGGGAGAGUGAUAUUGCUAGGGAAGGGGAGAUAGGCUGGCUUGGCUGUGUCAUGCUGCCCUCUGACAGCCCCCUGCACUGUGGGGAAUGCCUGCCCCAUGGCAACUGGGAGAGGCAGGGCAGGGUGGGUCCCUGUAAGUUUAAUCCUUUGCUGCAGGGUGAUGCUUGCAGGUGACUGGUCACAAGCAGGGACCUGGUGGCUGGUGACUCCUCCGUUGUCCUUGAAGAGGGACAUCUUGCUUGAGCUGGCAAUGAAGGGUUGGUGGGGGACACCUGGGACAGCAGAACUCCUGGAUUCUCUCCUUGGCUCUUUGUCAGCCCUCUGUUCCUCAGCUUCUCAGCUGCAAAAGCUGGGGACCCUUCCCCAAAUCCACCACUCAGAGAGGACAGGAGAUGCUCCCACACGUCCACAGCUUGGCACCAGCAUGCUUGGUGAGAGCUGUGGGGCAGGACUGUGAGCAGAACGCUCUGAGCAUCUCAAUGGGACAAGCUCAUUUCCAACUUUCCUUUGAAGGCCAGUAUCUAUCAAGGGUGAUUACAUGUGAGAAGAGCAGAGCACUUGGUGGGAGAUGGAAAUCCAUUUUUCCUCUUCUGUUUCUGGACUGUCUCCCACCUUGUGACCAAAUCAUGAGGAAACCCCAGUCAAAAAGUACUGGUCUUGAUGAAGUGGGAGUGUACAGACAGCCUGGCAGAGUCUGUGAGGUUCAAACUACUGUUAAGUCUCAUGCUUUCCCCUGAUGCAGUGUGAUGGAGGUGAUGGCCAGGAUUCUUCAUCUGUGUGAUGAAUGGUGACAGAUCUCUGCAGCCAGCCAGUAACCGGAAAUGUGAGGUUCCUCUGCAAGGGUGGAUUUGCAAUGUCCCUGCUCUAGAGACAUCUCUGCCCUGUUAGCCUUGCCUUCUUCCCGUGCCUUUUACCAUCCACACACUAUGCUUCCCAGCACACCCUCUUGCUGGCUUUUAGAGCAUGGCUUGCAGCUGGAGCUGUAUGUUAGCUUGGCAGAAACUGCUCCCUGUAAAUGAGGAUGCGGGGAAGGACCUUGGCAUCCUGAAGCCUCUGUUUCAAGGAGAGGGGCUCUUCCACUUGCACAGUGGUAGGGAAACAAACCUGAGGUGUCCCAGCUUUACUACCUGUGAGUGCAUCUGCUCCUGACUGAGUGUGGAGACAGCCUCAUUAGGGAGUUGGUGCCGUUGUUCCUCUCUGUCUGUGAAUCCCAGCUUGGCUGUUUCCUUGUUGAGGUGGUGGAAGUUGGGAUAAUGUCUCUGAAGUCAGUGGCAAACCAAGAGAGGGGGGAAGAUGUUGUGAAUAUUUCUAGACCAGAGGUGGUGUGAGCUGGACAAGUUUAGGAAGGCAGUUGGGUGCCUGCUGGGGUCUGCCUGAGUUUAGCCUUGUACCUCUGAAACAGCAGCUUCAAUGGGACUCUGCUCUUUGCUGAGACUUGUGAGCACCCUCUUUUACACAGCAGCAGGAGAGAUCCUCAGAGCUCUCCUGGGUGGACACAGAAAGGUUUUGACAUUCAUGGCCAAGAGCAGGACAAAACUCAAAUUCUUGGGGAUGGUGUCUGUCAAGGUCCUGGAGGAAUCCCAGCAAACCAGAGUUCGUCUGCCCUGCGCAAGUGGGUCCCAUCUACUUGCCCUUGAGAAGUCAUGCUUGGCUUGCGAUCACCCGUGAGCACCUUACAGCUUCCUGUGUAGGCAGCUAUGCCACUGCCAGCUGAGCCACUACAUCCCUCGAGGCUAGCUGUCCCUGGCUUUCCUUUAGUCCUGCAUGCAAUGAAUCAGCUGUGGGUCCAGGGGAAAUGGUAAGUCCUCUGACGCUGUUGAAAACCACUGUUGACAAAAAUGGCUGGCUUAAUAAAUGGUAGCAUUUCUGCAA